AGCGGGUAUAAAGCGUCUGGUUCUGGGCAGCCUGACACAGCUGUGAGCACUGACCCAGCAUGGCUUUCCUGCACGCGGCUCUCUGCCUGGCCCUCCUGGCAAGCGCCUCCGGCUGUGGGGUCCCCGCGAUCAGACCAGUCGUGAACAGCUUGCAGAGAAUCGUCAAUGGGGAGAACGCGGUGCCCGGUUCCUGGCCUUGGCAAGUGUCCCUGCAGGACAGCACCGGCUUCCACUUCUGCGGCGGCUCCCUGAUCAACCAGAACUGGGUGGUGACGGCUGCCCACUGCCAAGUCAGAGCCAGGACUCACUUUGCCAUCCUUGGGGAGUACGACAGGAGCUCCGGAGCUGAGCCAAUCCAGGUCAAGUCCAUUGCCAAGGCGAUCACCCACCCCUACUGGAACGCCAACACCAUGAACAACGACAUUACCCUGCUGAAGCUCGCCUCCCCCGCCCAGCUGGGCGCCCGCGUGUCCCCCGUCUGCCUGGCAACAGCCAGUGAGUCGCUCGCAGCCAACCCCACCUGCGUCACCACCGGCUGGGGGCGGACCAGCGGCACCGCGAGCGGUGGGGCCGUCCGGCUGCAGCAGGUGGCCCUGCCCCUGGUCACGGUGAGCCAGUGCCAGCAAUACUGGGGCAGCCGCAUCACCAGCUCCAUGAUCUGUGCUGGGGGGGCCGGCGCCUCCUCCUGCCAGGGGGACUCGGGCGGCCCACUCGUGUACCUGAAAGGGGGGGCCUGGACCCUGAUCGGGAUCGUCUCCUGGGGGACUAGCAACUGCAACGUCCGGACGCCCGCCAUGUACGGCCGAGUCAGCGCCUUCCGCACCUGGAUCGACAGCGUCCUGGCCUCCAACUAGCGCCCGGCUGGGCAGAGACGCGGAGCGCCAGGGAGAGUGAGCAGUGGUGGCCUGGGCCCGCGGGCAGCUGCUCGGGGCCCUGGGCUGAGAGCCCGGGACUUCCCCCUGCAGGCUCUGUGCAAGGGAAUAAAAGGCCUGUUCUGUGCA